CACGCUGCGACUAGAACUCACAUGUCCACAACACAGCAGCAGCGAUUCUGAUCAGGAUUUGUGUUCCUUUUAUCCUUCAUCCUGGUCUUCCUCACCAUGAGUGACAGUGACGAAGACGCCCCGGCGCUGUCCGCUCACACGCUGGCCGCCCUGCAGGACUUCUACAGGGACACCAGCAGCAGCUCAGCAUCAGACCAGUUCACUGUGGGGGCCGUGGGGGAGGACUGGAGCCUGAGUCAGUUCUGGUACAGUGACGAGACGGCAGCUCAGCUAGCAGAGGAGGCCGUACGGGAGGCUGGAGAGGGAGGCAGGAUAGCGUGUGUGAGCGCUCCCAGUGUUUACCAGAAGCUGAAGCAGGGCUCGGUGUCCGGCUCUGAUCGAGUGUCGGCCGUCGUGUUGGAGUACGACCGGCGCUUCUCCACGUACGGCGAGGACUUCCUGUUCUACGACUACAACGAGCCGCUGGCCCUCUCCAACGCGCCGCCGCAGAGCUUCGACUUCGUCAUCGCCGACCCGCCGUACCUCUCAGAGGAAUGUCUGACUAAAGUGGCCCAAACCGUGAAGUACCUGAGCAAAGGCAAAGUGCUGCUGUGCACAGGAGCCAUCAUGGAGAAAGUGGCCAAAGAGCUUCUGGAUGUGAAAAUGUGCAGCUUCCUGCCAAAACACAACAAAAACUUAUCCAACGAGUUUCGCUGUUUCGUCAACUAUCCGUCUCGACUGCUGUCCUGAGCCUCUGAUUGGUCCAGAGAGAGAGAGAGAGCAUGAAGGAGGGGGGACGACUUGGACUGAUCCUGAACUUGUGAAUGAAGGACUCAAAGAUGAACAAAUACUUCGUCAUCUGCUGGCUAAAAACAGUUAUUCAAAACAUGGAAAAUGUUGGUUAGUAGUUUCUGUUAGUAUUCAAGCAAAAAAACAGCAAAUAUUUGGUGGUUCAGUUUCUCAAAUGUUUUUAAUAUCAUUUUUAAUUAAAUAUAUUUUACCAUGAA